AACCCUUCCUCCUCCUCCUCCUCCUCCUCCUCCUCCUCUCCUUGUAGAUCUCCGACCGCGCGCCACGUUUCCCGAUUCCCAUGGUCGCCCGCCCUGUGCCUCUCCGCCACCCGCGCGCGCUUUCCUCGCCGCCUCGGACAACGGUAAUUAGGUGAAUUAAGGGGUGUUGAGAUCUUAAGGGGACAGAUUUUUUGGGGGAAGUGGGUGUUCUGCUGCGAUCCGGAUUCCAGAGAUCGGUUGGAAAUGGCAUUGAACGAGGUGGACUUGGGGUCUGGGCAGCACGGGUGCUCACAUUAUAGGAGGAGAUGCAAGAUAAGGGCCUCCUGCUGUGGCGAGAUCUUUGACUGCAGGCAUUGCCACAACGAAGUGAAGAAUUCGCUGGAAAUUGACUUACGGGAACGGCACGAGAUUCCUCGACACGAAGUGACAAAGGUUAUCUGCUCCCUCUGUGACACAGAGCAAGAUGUUAAACAAUAUUGCUCAAACUGUGGGGUUUGCAUGGGAAAAUACUUUUGUGCCAAGUGCAAUUUCUUCGAUGACAAUGUUUCUAAGAAUCAAUACCAUUGUGAUGGAUGUGGGAUCUGCAGAACUGGGGGAGAGGAGAACUUCUUCCACUGCUAUCGAUGUGGAUGUUGUUAUAUUACGGCACUGAAGGAUUCACACCAUUGUGUGGAAGGAGCAAUGCAUCAUAAUUGCCCUGUUUGCUUUGAGUAUCUCUUUGAGUCAACGAAGGACAUCAGUGUAUUGCCAUGUGGUCACACAAUACAUCUGGAAUGCCUGAAAGAGAUGAAUCUGCAUUUCCAAUUUUCUUGCCCUGUUUGCUCGAGAUCAGUUUGUGACAUGUCCAGUGUGUGGAAAAAACUUGAUCAGGAGAUUGCUUCGACACCAAUGCCUAAAAUGUACCAGAACAAAAUGGUGUGGAUCCUUUGCAACGAUUGUGGAAUGAGGUCCAAUAUCCACUUCCACAUUGUGGCGCACAAAUGCCCGGGUUGCAAUUCCUUCAAUACCAGACAGACGAGAGGUGAUCCUACUAGGUGCCCGACUGUAUGAGUGAUGUGCCACCAGCAACAGUGCUGUUGUUCAAGAAAAUUAGGUAUAUGGGCUUUUGCAUUUUUAGGUCAUCAUAAGACUUGGCACAAGGUAAGAACUAAUGGCAGGAGUAGACAUUCGUUUUGAACAUAUUCACCAGCGCCUGACUAUCUUUCGACGAGAAGGAUUUUAGAUUUGAGCAUAAGGGAUCUUAUCUUUCCAAUGUAUGGGAUAACUUGAGGGGUGCAACUCUGACCUGUGAAUUCUAAGGUUAAUUAGCAUUUGGUGUUGCUGUUUUGCCCACACCUGUUGAAUGAAUUCUGCUUUAUGCUACAAAGUCAUCUUUGAGAUUCCAA